GCCUCGUCACGUUUCACAAAAAAGCAGCUUCCCUUCCAUCUCUCGCUCACUCCUGUGUUGUUUCAGCCACGUGUGUGCGCGAAUAAUCGGGCUAAUCAUUCACCUUUCGCAUCUUUUCGGACCAUCCCGUACCCCGAAGGCUGUCCGGCGUCACCGCGGGGACAUUAUGCGUUUACUGUGACCAAGAGCAUCGUACAUUCGUCAAGAUCGCACAGAGACUCCUACAUCCGCAUGAUGGGAAGACCGGACACGCCGCAGGACAGGGGCUGCCGUGUGGGGAUCAGCUUCUUCAUCCUGGGCCUGGGGACACUGUUGCCAUGGAACUUCUUCAUGACCGCCUCGCUGUAUUUCCAGGGACGCCUGAACACCACGGAAUGGAGCAACGGGACAGUGGUGGUGCGCAAAGAGUAUUACUUCAACAACUGGAUGACCCUGCUCUCCCAGCUGCCCCUGCUGCUCUUCACGCUGCUCAACUCCAUCCUCUACCCAAGGAUCUCUGAGAUGAAGCGGAUCGCGGGGAGUCUGGUCUUCAUCUUUCUCCUCUUCCUCCUCACCGCCGCGCUGGUUAAAGUGCCCAUGGAGGAGGAUCGCUUCUUCUCCGUCACCAUGGCCACCAUCUGGUUCAUCAACUCGUUCGGUGCCGUUCUCCAGGGCAGUCUGUUCGGGCUCGUGGGUCUGCUGCCUCAGAAGUACAGCGCCAUCUUCAUGAGCGGGCAGGGCCUGGCGGGGACCUUUGCGGCCGUCGCCAUGCUGCUCGCUAUCGCCAGUGACACAGACUCUGAAACCGCUGCGUUGGGAUACUUCAUCACUCCAUGUGUGGGGACCCUGGUGACCCUCAUCAGUUACCUGGUCCUGCCUCGUCUGGAAUUCGCACAGUUUUAUUUGGACAAAAGCAGCAAGUAUGAACCGGGAACAACAGACGAGCUACUGAAAGGGAACACGCCAGUCGAGAAUGGGAAGCUGAACGGCCACAGUAAUGGCUCAGUGCCCAGCGGUACAGAAAAAGGAGAAGGUCCCUGCGAGAUGGAGCUGGAGUCCUGUCCAGACAAGACCAAGCAGGCCUUCCUGUCCCUGGAGCCCGAGGAGCAAAAGCAGGACAAGGCGACGGUCAUAGAGGUCUUCAAGAAGAUCUGGGUGAUGGCGUUCUGUGUGACCUUUGUGUUCACCGUCACCCUGUCCGUGUUCCCCGCCGUCACCGUCGACGUCAGAACGGCUUUUCCAGGGAAAUGGGAGCGUUACUUCAUCUCGGUGUGCUGCUUUUUGACCUUCAACAUAAGCGACUGGCUCGGCAGAACCAUCACCACGUUAGUCCAGUGGCCGGGUAAAGAGUCCCGCCUGUUCCCCGUGCUGGUGGUGUGUCGCGUGGUCUUCGUGCCGCUCCUGAUGCUGUGUAACGUCCAGGAGCGCUCCUUCCUCCCGGUCUUCUUCUCCCACGACGCUGCCUUCACCAUCAUCAUGAUCCUGUUCUCCGUGUCCAGCGGAUACUUCGUGUGCCUUUCCAUGUCCUACGCGCCGCAAAUGGUGCAGCCUAAAGACGCAGAAACGGCCGGAGCGUUGAUGACCUUCUUCCUGGCGCUGGGUUUGUCCAUCGGGGCGGGGCUCUCGUUCCCUCUCAGAUAUUUGGUGUAAAAAAAAGAAGAAGAAAAAAAGAAAAAAGAAAGAAAACUAUCAAAUGAAAUGUAAAUUAACAAAAAAACGUGGCCAAAAUUUCUUAAAAUUCGUCAAAAUAAGUGUGAAACGGGUUAGAUAUUUUUGUUAUUUAUGUUUUUGUAUCUCUGUAGUUUCAGGGGCAUUUUACAAGUAGAAAAAGGGAGUAUUAUUAUUAUUAUUAUUAUUUUAUACAUUUUAACUAUGCUUUAGAUUGAUUUUGUAGUUCCAUUUCUUGUGUUAUUACUAUGAUGAACAAACUGAAGUUAUAUUUAAAAAAACAAAAACACAAAGACCAGCCUUUGUUAUAAAAGUAUUGCAUUGUUUCAUUCCAAGCGGUGUAGCGCCCUCUGCUGGAUCGAUGCGCAGCGUGACUGAGCAGGACGGACGAGUUCGACGACGGAUUUCUGCUGCAUGGAGACAAUUACGGACUCACAGAAACUUUAAAAAAACAUAAUGAAUAUUGUAAUUUGUUAAUUUUCUAGUUUACUUGAGCAGAGUACUGUAUUGUAUUUUGAAACGUGCCAUGCAAUAACUUUUGGAUGCAUUUUUUUUCGUCGAGUAUUUGUAUGCAGAGAGCAACGUCGUCGUUUAUUUGGUUUGGAGAAGUAGACGGGAGGAGUUUAAAGUUUUAGACAAAACUUUGGAAAAUGUUUAACUAAUUUAUUCUGUUUUACAAUGUGCUUUUUUUUAUAUUAAAAUAAGUAACUUAUGUGAUGACUUCAUGACGUUGCCCUGUCGUUCUGCCCCGUUCAUUCAUUAAGUUCAUACUCGGGCCCGAAGUGGUUGAAGUGUCUUGCCAAAUGACACAAGAUCAGGAUGACCAGAUGUUCCAGUUUACCCGGGACAGUCCCAGUUUUGAGUCCUGUGUCCCCUGUCCCAGCAGAUUUACACAAAACCAAUGAUUUGUCUCAGUUUUAUAUAAGAAAUUUUCCUAUUUUUGAGCUAUUUGAGCUAAACCAGGACUAUAUCCGGUCUAUUUCAGGUCUUAACCAGGUCUAAAUCAGGACUAAAAUAGGGCCAAAACAGGACUAUAAUGUAAAUUCUAAACCAGGACUAUACCAGGGCUAAACUAGGGCUAAAAUUGAACUCUAUUAAUUCUAAACCAGGACUAAACUAGGACUGAAAUGGGACUAAACCAAUUCUAACCUAGGUCUAAACCAGGUCUAAAUCAGGACUAAACUAGGACUAUUAUCAGUUCCAAACCAGAGGAGCAUAAAUUUCAUUUGUUCAGACGGCUCUUGUGUAUUUAGUCUCAGAUUUUUCUUAGACCCACACGUGAGUCGAGUCUGGACAAACUCUACACGCUUUUCCCACUUAUUUUAUUUACACCCACUUUUUUUUUUAUAUAUAUUUUUAAUUCUGAAAACCUGGUCGCCUUCUGCCAGAUCAAAAAAAAAAACGAGCUGGACUGGGAUUUGAACCUUUGAGCCUUUGUUUGAGUCGUGAGCAUCUCUCCUGUCCACUUCUCCAAACUAUGAACAAACUACGAUUUAAACUACACAAGUGACUUUUGUUUAACACAAUUAUCAGAGUUUAUGAUUUAGUUUUCUAUGUCCAGAUAAUUCAACACUUUGACUUCUGAAUCGUGUAAACAGAUGAUAUUUUUGUGGGAGUCACAAGCUGCUCAUUUCAUUCCGUGUUUUACUGCACAUAAACAGUUUGUGAUUCUGAUUUUGAAGUAACGCUCUUAGCUCAAAGAAGGGCUAGUUUUAUAGACUCAAACUGAGCCUUAACUUUAUUUUUGGGAGGUUUCCGUUGUUUGUUUGUUUUUGGGAGGUUUCUGUUGUACAUAGGAGCUGCUCAAGUUGAACUCGUCAUCUCAUUUUGUCUGUUUUAAAGGGAAGCCUAUGCAUCAACACGUGUACAUGUGUUUGUGCAGAAGUAAAUGUUUACUGCAGCACCAAA